GCAGCCGCAGUUGCUCCAGGACGCUGAGUACAGAGCAGGGAAGACAGAAAAAUGGCCCUCGACAAUUUGAUUUUCGCCCAGUGCAUCCUUUAUUUUUUAGCUUUCGUUUUCGGUUUUAUCGCCGUGGUGCCUCUGUCUGAAAACACGGAGGAUUUCGGAGGCAAAUGCCUGCUGUUCACGCGGGGUAUGUGGCAAAAUGAGAACAUCACUGUGUCGAAGCAGCGCUUCAUCGUGGAAGAGUGGGGACCCGAGUCCUCCUGCAGCUUCAUCACUUUUGUCGGGAUAGCGUCCCUCAUCCUGUCCGCAGUGCAAGCGUGGAGGCUGCUGUUCUUUCUGUGCAAAGGACACGACGACUCCAUCUUCAAUGCCUUCCUCAACCUGCUCAUUAGCUCCUUGGUGGUGUUCACAGUCUUCCUGUCCAGCACCAUCGUUAGUGUGGGCUUCAACCUGUGGUGUGAAGCCAUCACAGAGGGUGGGACUAUGCCCAGAAGCUGUGAAGACAUGCAGGACACUGAUCUAGAACUGGGCCUGGACAACUCUGCUUUCUAUGACCAGUUUGCUAUAGCUCAGUUCGGGCUGUGGGCUGCCUGGCUCACCUGGCUCGGUAUCACUGUGAUGGCUUUUCUGAAGGUCUACCACAACUACAGACAAGAGGACCUGCUCGACACCCUCAUCCACGAAAAGGACCUGCUGCUCGGCCGCUCUUCACGCCGCUGCUCUGACCUCAAGACCGGCCUGAUCUAGAAAUCAGGAAGACCCACAAACGCACACAUUCAUUCACAGUCAACUGUAUAGUCCUCUUGCCUGCUAUGACAAACACGAGUAUUCGCCUGUGUAGACAAUCAACGUCAAUUGGCUUUUGCUCCCCUUAGAUAAAUUAAAUCAAAUGGACAGUUUUAGCUUUGUUUUCCAGAAGUAAAUAAUUUACCUAAAAAAAAUAAUCCAGAUAUUUUAAAAUCCAGAAAUGGUUGUUAACCUUUCCUGCUUUAUUGCUAUAAUUCAUACCCUAUUCAACCCCAGCCAAGCUUUUAUAGUAUUAAUAAUUUUUAAGCAAAAAUUACACCCAUCUUUUAGCAAGUAUACAUUUCUAUUUAGUGAUAACAGUAUUAAUGGUUUGGACAGUUUGGCCAGUGGAUCUUGUCCUUGUGAAAUUUCUGCAUGGAUCUAAUGCAUGAAAAUUUUUCUUGGGUGGUUUUUUUUUAGAUAUAAAGGAGCUAUUUUGUUUGGGUUUUUUUUUUUUUCCAACAAUAAAUGUGUUCCUGACAUAGGUUUUUAUUUUUAACUGCUAGGAUGCACAGUGCGUCUUGGCGCAGUGAGAACUGCAUGCUCCGGCAAAGUUAAAUGAUGUGUGCUUUUGCAGUGUCUUUACACAUUUAUCAGCAGCUACAAAAGGCAAAAAGAAGACAAAUCGCAGCUCUACACAUUCGUGUAUUCGGCAGGCAAUCUAAAAGGCUUUUAGCAAUCUGUGUGAGAUAAGAAAACAGAUCCUAUCUUGUGCCAUUUAGCAACUCAGGCUUCUUCUGCACACUUUAUAGGCUAUAAACCAAUAUACUCUAUUACUGUGAAUAGACACACACAAAUAUACCUGCAUGCAUCUCUCUCCCUGUUACAUCCCACGCUCACUUAUUGUCAGAGGUCACAGGAAGAAAGCGAGCCGGCUGCUUCACUUUGAUAGGCAAUGACAGUUUUUAUUUCAAAAACGACUGAAAAAAAAAAACAGUAGGAACUAAGAAAACCCUCCAGAAAGGCACUUCUUUCAAAGUGACUGUAGAUGUUUGAACAGCAGUGAAAUGCAGCUUUAAGCUAAAUGUGCAUAUACAGGACAUGAGCUCACUGGGUAUUGUUUUAUUGCUAAUGACAAUUUAGUUUGACAGUACAGAGUCAAAAGUGUUCCUUUUCUUCAGUACAUCUGUUAUCAGCCAUAUGUAUUGCUUUGACAGUCAAAUGUGAGAUCUCCAAAAUCAAAACUCGUUUUUUUUGAGUUCCCUGAAACCUGUUGUAAAGGUGUUUUAAUGGAAUAUAUGUGAUGUGUGUUAUUGCUCAUAAUGAGAGGUAUGUGGGAUGUGCAUCACUGUGCCCUUUGAUUCCUAUACUCCAUUUGUGUGGUGAUUUGGCUGUUGGAAUUUUACUUGCUUCAUUUGAUAAAGGGACUCAUGCAAUAA